AUGGCACAAUUCACCCCGUCUGAAUUCCGCGUUUUUAACAUCUAUAUCAUUAUAAAAUGGAUUUCAAAAUGUAUUAUCCAUUCAUUUUUUACUAAAGUAAAUAUUAUGAACGAAGAGAGAAUGCCGCUAUAUGGACCAGUAAUAUUCGUUGGUAAUCAUAACAAUCAAUUUAUCGACGCAUGUCUAAUGAUACACGCAAUUAAUCGCCAAAUUAGUUUUCUAACUGCGGAAAAGAGCAUGAAAAGAAAUGUUAUUGGACACUUUGCUAAGCUAGCCGGCUGCAUACCAGUUAAAAGACCACAAGACUUGAAGUAUCGCGGCCUAGGAAAUAUAAUCUUUGAAAAUACUCGUGUGAAAGGAGUUAAUACGAGAUUCCUGAUUGACAUAAAUGUAGGGGAUAAGAUUACUAUUGAUUCCGUCGCCUCUCAGGUUGUGGAAAUUAUCUCUGAGACUGAACUAAUUCUUGACUCCCCUCUCAAUAUUAACUGCACAGAUAUGAUCAAAGGAAUGUCAUUCAAAAUUCUACCAAAAGUUAACCAGACUGAAGUUUAUGAUAAAACGACUACUUCACUUAUAAACGGUAAUGCAAUCGCAAUUUUCCCAGAAGGAGGAUCACAUGAUAGGAGUACAUUGUUACCCCUAAAGCCAGGCGUAGUUCUCAUGGCUAUUUACGCUCUAAUGGCGGGAGCAGAAGAUGUAGUAAUUGUCCCCGUUGGUCUAGGAUAUUCUAAUACGCACAAUUUACAAAGUAAUGCAACACUUUGUUAUGGCGAUGCAAUUACCGUGUCGAAGGAAGAUUGUGAAGAGUUUCAAAAGGAUCGCAGAAGUGUUAUAUCUCGUAUCCUAGCACAUGUAGAAAAGGGGUUGAAGUCUUGUAUAGUCACUGCUCCUAAUCAUGAAAUAAAGGAAUGGAUAAACUUAUGCGCGAGUUUAUAUCCUCCUGAGAGAUCUGUAAUUUCGAAUAACAAAGUUAAUAACCUCAAACAGUUAGUGUCAAAGAUUUUUUGGGCAUACACUGAUUCAAAGGAAACUAAAGAAUUAAUUGAGGAACUUAAAAUUUAUAAGGAAGGAUUGUUGAAAUGUAAUUUGCAUGAUGAUGAGGUUUGGCUUCUGAAGCAAUCAUUGCACUCCGCAACAAUUAUGCUUUUUGAACACAUAAUAAGGCUAAUUUACAACGUUAUUAUGGGUUUAUCAUUCUCCCCCUUAUGGUUCCCAUUGCAUUUAAUUUCCAAAAUUUUAGCAGAUCGUCACCGUACAAUGGUUAUGACCACUAGUUCAGUCAAAAUUGAGGGUGGAGAUGUUAUUGCCAGUUACAAAGUAAUAGUACUAUUAGUGCUAUUACCUCUCUUUAACGCAUUUUACGGUUUGGUUUUUGGCUUCUUCAAGUAUGGGGAUAUAAAGAGUAUGUUUAUGACCAUGACUGUGGCAAUAUCUAUCUUGCCCAUCUUGUACUAUAUUAACAUGAGAUACGUUAAGAAUAUACCCAUGUUAUUACGCCAGUUGAGGAUUGUACCUAUAAUUAUUAUGGGAAGGAUUAAUGUAUGGAGGGAGACGGAAAGGGAAAUUAUCACUUUGAGGGCCGAGCUCCAGUUGCUAGUUAGGCAAUUCGUGUAUACUAUGGGCCCAAAAGUUUCUGAAAACUUCUUGUCAGAGUUGAAUUCCAAUUUUCCCAAGAUACUAGUGGACUCUGACACAAAAAGACUUCUGCGAAAUAAGGACGAGUGGAUGCCAAUAUUCUCUAGAAGCUAUAUAGAAAAUAGGGAAGAAAUACUAUAA